AUGGGUCAAGUCUCCGCAUCCCCACCCGCGACGGUUCCCUUUUUCCAUCUCGACGAUUGCCAUGCUCGCCGGGUGAUCCAGGUGGUUCGCUGCAUCCUCGCGACCGAGGUCGCGGAGCAGUCUUUUGGCAUGCUGAUAGAUGGCCGAUUGACCAUGAAAGCCUUGAGGGCAUGCAGACGCAUCCGCCUGGAUGAAGACUAUGACGAGAUAGCGAAGUAUACAGGUCCUAGCCAGGACACCAUAUCCAUGUUUCGCUCUCUGCGAGAACAGUUUGAUCUGUCACACGUAUUAAUAAAGGCAUCUUCCGCCGAGAGGUUCCAGCGCUCUACCGUGCAACCAUCAUCUGCGGAUUUUCAGCGUGGUCUGCUCGACCUGGUUGUUUCGAUGGUCCAUGACCUUGCCAUCAACAUUUUUGGAGAACUUCACCGGUUCAAGUACCAGAACACCCCUCAUCAAGGCCUCGAACGCGCUCUGCUUCCGGACUUCCGACAUCCAAAAUACCUCCAGUCUUAUUUGUAUCCACACGGGCCGACUGAGCUUGUCGGCUACUGGAUGGAAACAAGGUUGUUUGGGGGAGUGGUUGUUUUUGAACAUGGGAAUCCCCCAGGUGAGGUCAGCAUAAAUCCCCAACCCUUGCCAGUAUUUCUGUGUAUUCUGUAUACGUGUUCAAAAGUACCUUAUUUUAACCGAACGCAGCCUGGAGUUCCCUGGAUCCAUUUCCCUUAUGAGGGAAUCAUGCGGAUGUCCGACAAGCAACUUGAUGCUUUCACCCAACUCGCUUUUACAACAUCCCCCGUGUCCGACCCUGCAGCAGUGAGCGAUCUUCUACCAUUUAAAGCCGAACCGGAUGUACAAUAUGUUGAUUCAUUUGAUGCCUACGAAUUUGGCUUGUUUAGAAACUACUUUGAGCACAAUCCACCCCCAAACAUCAGUCGAUUUAGUUGCACUUCCAUGGGGAGGAAUGUCACAUACCCAGACUGGGUGCGUGAGUAUCUCAAGAAGUCAUGAUUUCUGAUGAUGGUGGUUCAAGUCUUCUUCAUAAUUGAAGUCCCCUCCAUUUCUAUUACAUCCCCUUUUUUAUUUGUAUCGCUGUCACUGGCCAACUGCACACUCGCUCUUUUUUCCCAGAGGCCAUUUGUGUUUGACGGCGCUCGUAUCAUAUUCAGGCCUCGAGCCUUCUGGUGUGAUGUAGUCUUGGUUUUCAAUUUGCUGCCUUAGCUAUGAUUCCUAAUUUCCAAUCCAUGCCUCAGUCACUAGUAGACUGGC